AAUUGGCCCAAUAUGCCUCUCCUCUUUUAUGAUCUCUGCCAUCAAAACUCCCAUAGCUUUUGGUCUGGAGAAGAGAAGUUCUUCGGUCAGAUCUUUUUCCCAGAGUACUCUUCAAAUGGCUCGUUCAUCACUAGAUGAGGUAACAGACACCGGUGCUUUCAACCGUAGUCCAUCAACAUUCCGCAAUUUUAUCUCGAAGGAUUCAUCCUCCCAAUUUCCUGCUGAAUCUGGGAGAUACCAUCUGUACAUUUCAUACGCUUGUCCCUGGGCAUCAAGAUGCUUUGCUUAUGUAAAUAUUAAGGGACUUCAGAAAGCCAUCAGUGUCACAUCAGUCAAACCCAAAUGGGCAAGAACAAAGGAUACCGAUGAUCAUAUGGGAUGGGUCUUUCCUUCUUCAAACACAGAAGAACAAGCCGCUGAACCUGACCUAUUGAAUGGGACAAGAAGUAUCAGAGAACUUUAUGAGCUUGCUAGUACAAACUAUUCUGGAAAAUACACUGUUCCUGUUUUAUGGGAUAAGAAAUUGAAAACAAUUGUGAGCAAUGAGAGUUCUGAGAUACUCCGUAUGCUGAAUACUGAGUUCAAUGAUAUAGCAGAGAAUGCCAGUUUGGACCUCUAUCCUCCUCACUUACAAUCCCAAAUUGAUGAGAUUAAUGAAUGGGUAUAUGAUGGGAUAAACAAUGGUGUCUAUAAGUGUGGGUUUGCUGUCAAGCAAGGUGCCUAUGAUGAGGCUGUGGGAAAAUUAUACGAAGCUUUGGACAAAUGUGAGGAGAUACUCAGCAAGCAGCGUUAUUUAUGUGGGAAUACACUUACUGAAGCUGACAUUCGUUUGUUUGUCACUCUUAUUAGAUUUGAUGAGGUUUACGUUGUUCACUUCAAAUGCAACAAAAAGCAGCUACAUGAAUACCCAAAUCUGUUCAAUUACACCAAAGAGAUUUUUCAAAUUCCUGGCAUGAGUGCCACUGUGAACAUGGAGCACAUCAAGCGACACUACUAUGGAAGUCAUCCUAGUAUUAACCGAUAUGGUAUAAUUCCUGUUGGUCCUAAUAUAGAUUAUUCUACUCCAAAUGAUCGAGACAGAUUCUCUACUUAAGUAUAUGUAUUUUUUUGUUAAUUAUUUGAGUAUGAACGGUUUGUUUUCUUUGUUAUUUGCUAAUAAAGACAGUAAGAAGGUUGGCUUGACACGCCAAAUUGUAAUAGAUCUUAUCUUUGCUCCCUUAUGGUGAGCUGCAACCUUCUAUUUACCACUACUCUGAGAUUGUUUAUUUCA